CCCGGCAGCCCCCCACCCGCUGACUCCCUGCUGGUGCGACGCAUCGAGGAGCAGAUCCAGAGGAAUGCCGGGAAGGAGACAGAGGAGCGGGGGGGCGGUGGGGGCCUGGAGCAGGUCUCCUUCCCACCCGAGGACGAGGACAGCGAUGAGGACGAGGACGUCGAGAGCCUCCUGCCCCACGCCCAGCCCCAGCACAAGAAGCAGCGGGUCAAGCUCACCCCAAAACCCCUCCUGCCUGAGGUGGAGGAUGAUGAUGACGAUGACGACUCGGAGGAUGCCCUCAACGAGUUUGAUUUCCUGGGCUCUGGGGAAAACGGGGCCGGCCGCCGGGCCGGGGAAGGCGUGGAGCUGGAAAGCCACCGGGGGCGGCUGCGGGGGAUGCUGGCCGACCUGCAGGAUGUGGACGGGCUCCCACCGAAACCCACCGCUGCGGGGCCACCACGGCCUCACGAAGGCUCUCUGGGCAUCUCCUCCGACGUCUUCAUCAUGGACAGCAUCGGCGGCAGCGCCGUCAGCCUGGGGGACCUGGCUGACCUGACCGUCACCAACGACAACGAGCUCAGCUGUGACCUCCCGGAGGGCCGGGAUGCCCUGAAGAAGACGUGGAGCCCCAAGUUCACCCUGCGCAGCCACUACGACGCCGUGCGGGGCCUGGCCUUCCUCCCCGCCGAGGCCGCCCUCGUCACCGCCUCCGAGGAUGGCACCCUCAAGCUCUGGAACCUCCAGAAGCCUGUGGCCCCCAAAAAGAACGCGGCGCUGGACGUGGAGCCGGUGUACGCUUUCCGUGGGCACAGGGGUCCUGUGCUCACCGUGGCCAUGGGGCGCGACAGCUCCCUGUGCUGCUCCGGCGGGGUGGACGCCCGCAUCCGCUGCUGGCGCCUGCCCGACCUCGACAUGGACCCCUACGACGGCUACGACCCCGGGGUGCUCAGCGGUGUCCUGGAGGGUCACGGUGACGCUGUCUGGGGUCUGGCCUUCAACCCGGCCGGCGACCGCUUGGCGUCCUGCUCCGCCGACGGCACCCUCCGCAUCUGGGACCCGCGGCGCCAGGAGGGCGCCUGCCUCGGCACCUACGACGCCCAGAGCGAGCAUGGCGUCCCCACCUCCGUCACCUUCUCGGCCACCCAGCCCGGGCACACGGUGGCCGCUUUCCGGACGGGGGCCACCGUCCUCUACGACGUGGAGGCUGCUCGACCCGUCCUGGUGCUCGAGGCCCGGCCGGGAGGCGGUGGCAGCCAGGUGAACCAGGUGGUGAGCCACCCCUCGCAGCCCCUCACCAUCACCGCCAGCGACGACCGCGGCAUCCGCUUCCUCGACAACCGGACAGGUAAGGUCGUGCACUCCAUGGUGGCCCACUUGGACGCCGUCACCUGCCUGGCCGUGGACCCCAACGGCGUCUUCCUCAUGUCCGGCAGUCACGACUGCUCGCUGCGCCUCUGGCACCUGGCCCACAAGACAUGUGUGCAGGAGCUGACGGCGCACCGCAAGAAGCACGAGGAGGCCGUCCACGCCGUCGCCUUCCACCCCAGCCGGGCCCUCAGCGCCAGCGCCGGCGCCGACGCCCUCGCCAAGGUCUUCGUGUGACACCGGGGAGGGGGGGGACACACGCGUGUCGGUGGCAGGGGUGGCCUUUGUCACCUUCCCUGCCCCGGGGAGCUGAGACUGGUCUCUCCCUUGGAGCUCGUGACACCCCAGGGCAGCCUCGGCCCCUCUCCUGGCGCCCCCCCACCCCCCAAGGGAGCCUGGCUGGGGGGUGCAGGGGGGCACCUAUGGGCUCUAUAUACCCCCCGGGGCAGUUAUGGGCUCUAUAUACCCCCCUGGGGGCAAUUAUGGGCCCUAUAUAACCCCCCCAGGACAAUUAUGGGCUCUACAUACUUCCCUGGGGCAGUUAUGGGCUCUGUGUACCCUUCUGGGGGCAAUUAUGGGCUCCAUAUACCCCCCUGGGGCAAUUAUGGGUUCUAUAUGACCCCCCCGGGGCAGUUAUGGUCUCUGUGUACCCUUCUGGGGGCAAUUAUGGGCUCCAUAUACCCCCCCGGGGCAGUUAUGGGCUCUGUAUACUCCCUGGGGCAGUUAUGGGCUCUGUGUACCCCUCUGGGGGCAGUUAUGAGCUCUCUAUACCCCCCCAGGGCAAUUAUGGCCUCUAUAAACUCCUUGUGGGGCAAUUGCAGGCUCUGUGUACCCCCCCCGGGGCAGUUACGGGCUCUGUGUACCCCUGGGGCGGGGGUACUUACAGGCUUUAUAUACCCCCCUGAGGGGUACUUAUUGGCCCUAUAUACCUCCCCUGGGGGCAGUUAUGGGCUCUAUUCCCCCCCCCAGGGGCACUUACGGGCUCUAUAUGCCCCCGAGUGGCAAUUAUGAGCCCUAUAUACCUCCCUGGGGGCAGUUAAAGCCUCUACAUACCCCCCUCCCCCCCCCCGGGGCAGCUGUGGGCCCCGUCUCGUCCCUGGGGGGCAGGGGGGGCAGCUCUCCAUACCCCCAGGGGUAGUUAAGGGCUCUGUGCCCCCCCCCGGGGCAGUUACCGUCUCAAUCUCCCCUCUGAGGGGACACUACCCCCCCCCCCCGGGGGCACCCGUGGGAUCUGCCCCACGGGGGGGAGCACUACAUACCCCCCUGGGGGCAAUUAUGGGCCUUAUCACCCCCCCUACCCCCCCCGCGAGGGGUAAUUGUGGACCUUAGAGACCCCCAGGGGCAGGU